AUGCCAAACCUCACCGGCGACCCCGCCGACCAUACCACCGAAUCACUGAACGAUGGCAUGACCGGCUCCUGCCUCUGCGGCGCCAUCAAAGUCACAGUCACACAACAAGACCUCUUCACCAAACCAUCAGGCCAUACCUGCCAUUGCAAAAAUUGCCGCCAGUUCACCGGGUCAGCAUUCGCCACCGUCCUCAUGGUCCCAAAAGAAAACGUCGAGCUCUCCGAUCCGAAGCGGUACCUUAAAUCCUACACCGACAACGACACAGCUUCCGGAGACGCUCUGAGACGGAGUUUCUGCUCGAACUGCGGGAGUAGUGUCGGCGAGUUCGUAGAUGAGGAAAGUGAUGAGAAGAAUGUCUUCCUCAACACUGGAAUCUUCCCGCGCAUACCAACGCCGGCGUUUGAGCUGUUCACGAAGCAUCGACAUGGAUGGGUGGAGCAGGUACAAGGGGCGGCGCAGCAUGAUUUCUUGAGGAAGCCGUUUAAGACGUAG